GUCUAAAAUUAGACCCAAUUCUGCCCAAAGGCAGAUGAACAUAGGCCUAUCCACGUGUUCACGAUGUCUUUGUUUGCAUAAAUUUUAGAGUGUUAACCCAUCUUUUCCCACAAUCUCAGUUGGGAUAAGGAUAAGCGCCGGUGGAUCUGAAAUGUGACGCAAGGUCAACAACACUCAUUCACUCAUUAGGAUGCCCGCGCAGACACUCCCAGUCAGCAUGCGUAUCGCUAUAAUAGCCUACUGAACGAGUUGAAGUCACGUCUGUGAUAUUUGAUCACAAACAUAGAGGGGAAGCCACCGCGUAAAGGGUCAAAAGAGUUGGCUGACAGCAGGGGUAACGUGUGCCAAUUGCGCUCAUGUCGAUAGAUUAAUGUGCUGCCAAGACUGUCCUUGGUUGUUUUUGUUUUAAAUUGAUAUCCUAUAUUCUUAGAUAUCGGAGGCUUCUUUUAAAAAAAACUUUUUGACAUGUCUCAGCCACCCUCGUCACCAUCCGCAGGACAAAAACCUGCGCUCAAGUCAAUGGAUGCCGGGCAGGGGCCGAGUAGGUUCCAGGUGGACGUGGUAGCCGACGCAGGAUCCGCUGCGUCCUCCACCGGACCCAAACCAGCAGCAGGAUCGGAGGAGGCCAAGGGCAGGUUCCGGGUGGUUGGCUUUCUGGAUACCAGCAGCGGGACUGCGGACCUCCCCGAAGCAACAGAUUUUGCCCAGAAUGGGGACACGGUUAAAAGCGAGGCGAGCCUCUAUUCCUCGGGGCAAACGCACUUCUCCGAUACCCAUUCCAGCACUUAUUACAUGAGGACAUUCGGACACAACACAAUUGAUGCUGUCCCCAACAUCGAUUUCUACAGACACACAGAGGCGACUCUCGGGGAGAAAUUAAUCCGCCCGUCACUGUCAGAACUGCACGAUGAACUUGAUAAGGAGCCCUUUGAGGAUUUCUUUGCCAAUGGGGAGGAGUUCACAUCCACGGAGGGGGUGCCCUCGAAAGAAAAGAAAGAGUCCAAGAGUACAUCCGUUAAGUUUGGCUGGAUCAAAGGAGUGCUGAUUCGAUGCAUGCUGAAUAUCUGGGGGGUCAUGCUCUUCAUCCGCAUGUCAUGGAUUGUGGGGCAGGCAGGCAUUGUGCUCUCUUGUGCGAUCAUCAUGAUGGCCGUGGCAGUCACCACUAUCACUGGGCUGUCUACGUCUGCCAUAGCAACUAAUGGCUUUGUAAAAGGAGGUGGAGCAUACUACCUAAUAUCGAGAAGCCUUGGGCCUGAGUUUGGUGGAUCCAUUGGGCUCAUCUUUGCCUUUGCCAAUGCAGUUGCCGUGGCGAUGUAUGUCGUAGGCUUUGCUGAAACGGUUGUUGAACUUCUUAAUAGUGUGGAUGCCUUGAUGACCGACGAGCUGAACGACAUCCGCAUUGUUGGCACCUUAACCAUCAUCCUCCUGCUUGGCAUCUCUGUGGCCGGAAUGGAAUGGGAGGCUAAGGCUCAAAUAGUGCUAAUGGUGAUCCUGAUAGCAGCCAUUUUCAACUUUUUCAUUGGAACCUUCAUCAGUACAGAAGCAAAGGAACCAAUGGGUUUCUUUGGUUACAAUGGUGCCAUUCUGAUGGAAAACAUGGGCCCUGACUUCCGAGAUGACGAAACCUUCUUUUCUGUGUUUGCCAUCUUCUUCCCUGCUGCCACGGGCAUUUUGGCUGGAGCAAACAUUUCUGGAGAUCUUACAGAUCCUCAGGUGGCCAUUCCCAAGGGAACUCUUCUGGCCAUCCUUAUCACUGGGGUGGUUUACCUUGGUGUGACGGUUUCAACAGGAGCCUGUAUUGUCAGAGAUGCCACAGGUGACCACAAUGACAGCAUCUCAAUACCCAAUGUCAACUGUACCGAUGCCGCCUGCACACUGGGCUACGACUUCUCCAUCUGCAAAGAAGGAGGCUGCAAGUUUGGGCUUCAGAACGACUUUCAGGUGAUGAGCAUGGUGUCUGCGUUUGGUCCUUUGAUCACUGCCGGCAUCUUCUCGGCGACUCUGUCCUCAGCUCUGGCCUCCCUCGUCAGCGCCCCUAAAGUAUUUCAGGCACUGUGCAAGGACAACAUAUAUCCAGGGCUUGGCCUGUUUGCAAAGGGUUAUGGGAAAAACAACGAGCCCCUGAGAGGCUACCUCCUGACCUUCUUCAUCGGACUGACCUUCACUUUGAUUGCUGAGUUGAACAUCAUUGCUCCCAUCAUCUCCAACUUCUUCCUGGCCUCUUACGCCCUCAUUAACUUCUCUGUCUUCCAUGCCUCCUUGGCCAAUUCACCAGGCUGGCGACCCAGCUUUAAGUACUACAAUAAGUGGGUCUCCUUGGCUGGAGCGAUCCUCUGCUGUGUCGUCAUGUUUGUCAUCAACUGGUGGGCCGCACUGGUGACUAAUGUCAUCGUCAUGGCCCUGUACAUCUACGUCGGCUACAAAAAACCAGAUGUGAAUUGGGGUUCAUCCACACAAGCGCUGAUGUACAACCAGGCCUUGUCCCACUGUUUACACCUCACGGGAGUUGAAGACCACAUCAAGAACUUCCGCCCACAGUGCCUCGUGAUGACUGGCUAUCCCAACUCCCGCCCAGCACUGCUCAACCUGGUACACUCCUUCACCAAAAACGUGGGACUCAUGGUCUGCGGACAUGUCCGAAUAGGAUUGCGCCGCCCAGUCUACAAGGAGAUGCUGAGUGACCAGCUGAGAUGUCAACGCUGGCUGCUAAAGAACCACACCAAGGCCUUUUACACGCCCGUGUUUGCUAAAGACCUGCGGGAUGGAGCUCAUUACCUACUACAGGCUACAGGGUUGGGUCGGCUGAAGACCAACACAUUGGUGUUAGGUUUUAAAAACAACUGGCGGGAUGGGGAAAUGAAAGACGUGGAGAUUUACAUCAACACCAUUCAUGAUGCGUUUGAUCUGCAGUAUGGUGUGGUUCUGCUGAAGCUAAAAGAGGGUCUGGAUAUCUCACACAUCCACGAACAAGAUGAGCUACUGUCAUCCCAAGACAAAGGUCCAGGAAUGAAAGAGUAUGUGGUCUCCGUCAACAUAACUAAAGACCCAGACGGUGACUCCAAACCGUCCUUGAAGGCCACCGGCACCCAGAGUAGCCCCCUUAUACACAAAGACCCUAAGCAUCUGAGCAUGGCGGAUCAGCAGCUCCUGGAGGCCAGUGCGCAGUUCCGGAAGAAACAGGGCAAGGGCACUAUUGAUGUGUGGUGGCUAUUUGAUGAUGGAGGGCUCACCCUGUUGAUCCCUUACCUGCUCACCAACAAGAAAAAAUGGACAGACUGUAAAAUCCGAGUCUUCAUUGGUGGAAAAAUCAACAGGAUUGACCAUGAUCGCAGAGCAAUGGCAGCUCUUCUGACAAAAUUCAGGAUUGACUUCUCAGAUAUCACAGUCCUUGGAGAUAUUAACACCAAGCCUAAGAAAUCAAGCAAGGAGGCAUUUGCGAAGAUGGUAGAACCAUAUCGCUUGAAGGAGGACGAUAUGGAGCAGGAUGCUGCUGAGAGACUAAAGGCUCAGGAGCCCUGGAGGAUAACGGACAACGAGCUGGAACUUUACAGAGCUAAGAGUAACCGGCAGAUCAGACUGAAUGAGCUGUUGAAAGAGCACUCCAGCACUGCAAACCUCAUAGUCAUGAGUAUGCCGUUGGCCAGGAAAGGGACGGUGUCCAGUGCCCUGUACAUGUGCUGGCUGGACACGCUCUCCAAAGAGCUGCCUCCUCUCCUCCUGGUGCGAGGCAACCACCAGAGCGUGCUCACCUUCUACUCUUAAUGGACACCACACACGCAC